AUGGCCACAGAAAACCAAAUGGCAGGCCAAAUGGAGUACCAGCAGCAAGACCAUCCCAGUCCUGCUUCAAGUCAGGACCGCUCCAAAUCUGGGAGCAAUAAUCAGUCGCUGUCACUGUCAGGCGCAUCUGGCGUCCCCAAUGCAGGUAUUGCAAGUUUUAGAAGGCAACGCGCGUCCCGUGCAUGCGAGGUCCGAUGUGACGCUGCCAGCUUAGGUGUGCCUUGCACUAAUUGUGUGGCUUUUGCUAUCGAAUGUCGUAUUCCGACGCCGAAACGAAAGAAGAACCAACAGCCGAGAAACAAGGAUAAUAACGGAGACGACGAUGACGAGGAAGAAUCAAACACACCGCGAACGCAGGAGAACCCGGUUUUCCCUGCAAAUCCUCCCAUAUCCAUCGAUGGAAUGCCGGCGAACACAUUGGCGGCAGCUGUCAGGCCGAAUCCAGAGACGAAUAACCCAGGACCAUAUAAUGCUCAGAUCAUGAAGCCAAAAUUUACAAGAGCGCCAAUCAAGGAACCAGGCCGGGUUGCCUACUUGGGCGAAUCAUCGAAUUUAUCGCUUCUUGUCCAUGAUCGAGGCUUCACAGAUGUUGUUCACUAUCCACUUCCGGAGACUAUCCGAGGGAGUCGGGGACACUUGACCGAACUCGACAGCUUGGAGAUUGAGAUUCUUCAUCGGCGAGGAGCAUUUUUACUUCCUCCACGGGAGCUAUGCGACGAACUCGUCGAAGCUUACUUCAAAUGGGUGGCUCCAGUCGUACCUAUCAUCAAUCGCAACCGCUUCAUGCGCCGAUAUCAAGACCCUCAGAAUCCGCCUUCGCUCCUUCUACUGCAGGCUAUUUUACUGGCUGGUUCUCGAGUCUGCAACAAUUCGAAAUUGAUGGAUCAAAAUGGCUCCACUAUUCCUGCCUCUACCACCUUCUACAAACGUGCCAAGGCACUUUACGAUGCCAAUUAUGAGGAUGAUCGUGUUACCCUAGUUCAAGCAUUGGUGUUGAUGGGGUGGUACUGGGAGGGUCCUGAAGAUGUUACAAAGAACGUCUUUUACUGGAGUCGAGUAGCAAUUCUAGUGGCUCAAGGUUCUGGUAUGCACCGAAGCGUCGAAAACUCCCAGCUUAGCAGAUCCGACAAGCGACUAUGGAAAAGAAUAUGGUGGACUCUCUUUACAAGAGAUCGCUCUGUUGCUGUCGCCCUUGGCAGACCAAUCAACAUCAACAUUGAUGAUUCCGACGUUGAGAUGCUUACGGAAGACGACUUUAUCGAAGACGAGGGUGAUGUUCCAGCCGAAUAUCCUCCGGAUCCAGUACACGUGCAAUUCUUUCUCCAAUAUGUCAAGUUGUGUGAGAUUAUGGGCCUUGUGUUGUCGCAGCAGUAUUCCGUCGCUUCCAAAUCUCGGCGCACAAAUGCCAUUGAUCUGACACACUCCGACAUGGCGUUGGCCGAUUGGCUUCAAAAUUGCCCCAGAGCGGUCUACUGGGAGAGGAAGAACCAUCACUUUUGGGCAGCGCUGCUUCACUCAAACUACUAUACAACGCUUUGUCUCCUGCAUCGAGCGCACAUGCCACCGGCUACAGCGAGCGCGAAUAGUUAUCGCACAGAGGAGAUUGCAUAUCCGUCACGCACCAUUGCUUUCCAGGCUGCUGGAAUGAUCACGUCCAUAGUUGAGAAGCUACAGUCUCAUAACGAGCUCCGUUACACUCCAGCAUUCAUCGUCUACAGUCUUUUCUCGGCAUUGAUCAUGCAUGUCUACCAGAUGCGAUCGUCUGUACCGUCUGUUGUGGCUGCUUGUCAAGAAAGAAUGACCAUCUGCAUGCAAGCACUGAAGGAUGUAUCAAAGGUUUGGCUGGUUGCAAAGAUGGUGCACACUCUGUUUGAGUCCAUUCUGGGCAAUAAGAUGUUGGAAGAGCGUCUGCAGAAAGCGCCAGGCAAAAGACACCAGAAGAAUCGUCCGUCGGAAAACGAACCCAACCUAGUCUCCAAUCACAGAAGAACAGAGCCACCAAAGCGGAAAUUCGAUGACAUGGAUAUCGGACUACCUAACGGUAAUCCUACACCUCCAGUAUCGUACGAGCGAUCGCGCCCACAGACUCCUGCUGCCACACCGUCGCGUGAAGUAAAUCCCAUGUCUGGACAACAAGGCGGUAUAGGCCCUCUGCCUCAAAUGUCGCCCAACCUUCCCAAAGGUCAAGAGGGCGCACAGAAUACAGGAACGUCUCGAGCAAACACUCCAUUCAACCCGUCUUUCUCUCUCCCGGCUACACCUCCAGAUCUUUUCCUUGUCACUCGUACUUCGCCGAAUCUUUCGCCCUCCUUGUGGGAGAAUUUCCAGCCGGACCAACUAUUCCCUGACGGCACCAAUUUCUUCCCCACGCAGACCAACAUGAUGGACCCUCAGAUGCAAACAGCUAACACCAUGGGUGGUCAAGGUAAUAUGAUGAUGAAUCAGCAACAACAACAACAACAACAACAACAACAACAACAAAUGCCUACUCGAACACUACCAGGCGCUCAAGGCAGUCCGUCACAUGUCUCUGCUGGCAUCCAUCCCGACAUGGGCAACCUAUCGAAUGCGCCUCCGCCGCCGCAGCAGAUGUUCCAUAUGGAAGGAAUGCAGAAUUGGGCAGGGCUUGAUGCAGCGCUGGCGGGUAAUAUGGAUGCUACUAGUCAGGAUGACAAUUGGAGUAACAGCUCUCGCGGAAAUCCUACAGCACCGACAACUUUGAACGUUGAAGACUGGUUCCAAUUCUUUGGCAUUAAUGGAAGCUUUGGGGAUUUGGUUGCCGACCCCAUGGCUGGCUAG